UGUAGUUAACACACACAUUCUAUAUCUCCAGGACACCAUGCCAGAGGUGAGACAGAGCUCCUUCGCCCUGCUGGGGGAUCUGACCAAGGCCUGCUUCCCUCACGUCAAACCCUGCAUCGCUGAGUUCAUGCCUAUUCUAGGGACCAACCUGAACCCAGAGUUCAUCUCUGUGUGUAACAACGCUACCUGGGCCAUUGGAGAGAUCUGCAUGCAGAUGGGUGUCGAGAUGCAGCCCUAUGUGUCUCUGGUUCUGAACCAGCUGGUAGAGAUCAUCAACAGACCCAACACACCCAAGACCUUGCUGGAGAACACUGCCAUUACGAUUGGUCGCCUGGGCUACGUGUGUCCUCAGGAGGUGGCUCCGAUGCUCCAGCAGUUCAUCAGACCGUGGUGUACGUCCCUACGGAACAUCCGUGACAACGAGGAGAAAGACUCCGCCUUCAGAGGGAUCUGCAUGAUGAUUGGCGUAAACCCUGGGGGAGUGGUCCAGGACUUCAUCUUCUUCUGUGAUGCCGUGGCGUCCUGGGUCAGCCCUAAAGACGACCUGAGAGACAUGUUCUACAAGAUCCUCCAUGGUUUUAAGGACCAGGUAGGAGAGGAGAACUGGCAGCAGUUCUCAGAACAGUUUCCCCCCCAGCUGAAGGAGAGACUGUCUGCCUGCUACGCUGUGUAGAAACCCCCCCUAACCUAACAUCAGGUGAGCCAGUAGUAGAGGAGGAAGGUGAAAAGGAAUCUCAUCCAUCUGUGUUAAUGCCCUGAACUGAUCUGGGAGGAGAGGGACCCAUCACGCCAUUGGCCGCUCCCCCUGACAGACGGCCCCCACGCCCUAUGUAUUUCUCCAUAGCGGGAGGGUGGGCGGGACUUGGGGAGGGACAGGGGGACACCUCUAGAUUA